AUGUCCACUUCCACGAUUCAUGGCCCAGGCAUACUGUUUGUCCGCUCCCGCAUCUCUCCCUCGGCCAAUGACCUGCUCACCGAACCUGUGUUCCUAGCCUGGUACGACGACGAGCAUAUCCCAGAAGUAGUUUCUACAUCUAGCAUCCAUUCUGCAAUGCGCUACAUCGAUGUUCACAAAUCUUCUCCCAUUGGCGAUUCACAGAAUCCGAAGCCUUUCUUAGCCUGUUACCCCAUGGGGGAUCUGGCUUUCACGUUGGGUGACGAGUUCAAAAAGAUUGGCUUCAGGAGUAGUAAGCUUCCGGGCAGUGGCGUCAUUUAUGAUUUGGCAGAUAUGGAUGUCAGUUACCUGGGUUUUAUGGGUGCAACGAAGAGAACAAGAGAGUUUACAGGUGGUGAACAAAAAUUUAUCAUCACGUUAGGAGUUAGACCAGAGAAGAAGAUAGCAGAAGGAGAAAUCGCCGAAUUCUUUCAAAAGCAAACACGUAUCAUCGAACAAACACCACAGUACAUACGCUCGGUGCGCUUCAAACUUCUCUACGCGAGGACUAAUGCUCAGUCUCGUGCUCUAAAGGGGUUACCGACCACGGAUGAGCCACAUCCUGAGCCUUCCACUUGGCUCGCUAUGCACGAGUUCGCAGAGUUGCCUGGCGAAGAGUUAAUCAAGACAUUGAACGGUAGUGCGAAGAAGGCUGCUGAAGAGGAGGAAUGGGGCGCAACGGAAAUCGAGAUGCUUGUUUGGAGACUGGAUCGUGCGCAUGGAGACGAAAAGUUCUUCGAUGAGUGA